CGGGGCCGGAAGCGAUGGUUGUGCGUCAUUUCUGGGCCCGUCACCAGGGAGACGAGAAGCGAAGUGGUUAUCCAACAAGCAGCAACGUUCCGGUGAAAUCGUAGUUUUUAUCCCCGCUAGUCCCGCGGUGGGACCCUGGCCCAGUAACUCAGAGUACCCCAGGAGGAGGAGGAGACCCUCCCCUAUAAUUUCCUGUGCCCUGUCUGCUCGCCUCCGUGCCCCUCUCCCGCCCCUCUGCCUGCCGGGUAGCGCCCGGGCUCUGUCCGCAGUGUCUCGCGCUCCUUCCCCGCCCUGCCCGGAGGGGAAAGAGUUUGGCCGGAAAGGCCGCUGCCUGUUUGACUGUGGGCCUUCGUCUCUGGCUCUCCGGGCUUCCAGUCUGGGCAGUUGCCUGAUUUUCUUUUUAAGGAGGGCCGACUUAUCGUGGAGCCCCCCUUCAUCCCAUGAGUCACAGGCGGAGUUGGAGGAAAGGAGUUUGUGAGAAGUAUCUCAAAUGUCAGUGAAGCAUGAGUUCAAGCUCAGAAAAUAAGACAGCGUCAGCUUUUGAAAAUUAUGAGAAAGCUGCCAAGCUCAUUCAGAAGGUCUGGAAGAAAUAUCUUGAUGCCUGUGUAUUUAACCACUUCAAAAGUCUAAUCCUUUUAAGGAGGCAAGGGGACCCCCGUCAACUAUUAAGAUAUAUUGAUCCUAAAGAGGCAGAGCUUCUAGAUGCUGCUUCUGGAAUUAAUAUUCGAUUCAGAUUAGGUGGAGAGAAGUUUCCUCCCAAUAUAUAUUAUAAAAUUUUCACUCACAGACAUAUUGUAGAUCUAUGUGCUAACAGUCCUAGAGAUUAUGUGAACAUUCUCCCAAAGCAACUAUCACAUUUGACAUUUGAUAAGAAACAUCUAGAAGAUGACCACGAUGGCUGGUACAAACGUAUAGAGAACAAUGGCUGGAGACUUGUUUCCAAAAGAUUUUGGAAAGUCACUGAUGAGAUCACUGAAGAAGGAAAUAAACAAAAAAUUGACUUUCACUUCUCCAAACUGAAGAGAAGGCAGGACAUUGACAUAAGAAGAAAAUAUAAAAAACUUAGAUGGAUGAAGCAGAUGUAUUAUUCAGGAAGCCUGGAAACAAAGAAAGCAGAUGAUAGGUGUACAGAUUUAAUUCUUAAAGCAACAAAAGGAUUGAUAAAAGCAGUUGAAGAAGGUGGAAUGGAUUCCGUGAUGGAAUGGGAGGUGGAUGAAAUUCUGAACUGGACAAAUACACUAAACUUUGAAGAGUAUGUCAACAACUGGAAAAGCAUUGCUACAAGCAACUCUUCCGCUAACAUUCAUGGUUUCAGGUUUGGGACAAUAUGGAAUCCAGUAUCUAAAUUAGACUUUUCUCCUGCUGGCCUGGAACAAAUGAAAAAGGAAGAAAAAUUGAAGAAAGCAGCAGAAAAUUCAUAGCUACUUGCAAGAGACCUCUGAUGUGUCAUGUCCUUCCAUAUGUUCUUCUUUGAUUUUCUGCACACAUCAGUUAUACCUCAGAUGUCUGUUUGCCUUAUUCUUUAAGCAGUAAUCUGCAUACUCAUACACAUCAUACAUAGGAUAUAGCCUUUUAGGCAAUACAGUUUAAAUAGAAAUAGAACAUUAUACUUAAUGUAGUAACUGUGCCAUAAAGAAAUUAGCCUUGUUACUAUAUCUUUAACAAUCACAACUCAUUAAAGAUUAUUUUAAUACUGGAAUGUGAAAAUGUACAUUUGGCUAUUAAUGGGAAGAGACAAUGGUUUGUGGGGAUGGUAGGGUCUAGAGAGUGUUUUCAGAAUGGCAAUGACUAGGGCAUGUUUGUGGGUAGCAGGGUGAGACUAGGAUUAGAGGGAGAGAGGGGGUAACUCGGUGGCACAGUGGAUGGAACACCAGCCAUGGAGUCAGGAGGAU